CACUACCAGUUUUGUUGUUGUUUGCUGCCGGUCGACAUUAUUUACGUUUGUGGAAAGCAUGCAAAAUUAAUUGAUUUUAUCAUUUUAUUUGAUUUUUUUUCUUUAAAAAGUUGUAUCGUCUGAUAAUAUUCCAUAGUAAAUAAGUUAUUUAUGUGAGUGUUAGAAAAAUGGCCAAUCUGAAACCGCUGCACUGCUUGAAUCUAGAUGCAAAUCAGCAGAAAAACUUUAUAAAAUAUUUCAAAACACUCGUUGAAAAACCCGCCACAACUGUGCGAUUCUUCGAUAGAUCCGACUAUUACAGUUGCCAUGGGUCGGACGCUGAGUUUGCCGCCAAAUGUGUUUUCAAAUCUACCAACUUGGUGAAAAUCAUGGCUCCUGCAGGAUCGGACGUUGAAGUUCCAUACGUAGUACUGAGCAAAAACAACUUUGAAAGCUUUGUGCGCGAUUUGCUUCUGGUCCGAAACUAUCGUGUGGAAGUGUACACGAACCAGGGACCCACAAAAACGUCCAACGAUUGGGCACUGGAAUUCAAGGGUUCACCUGGAAAUUUAUCCCAGUUUGAAGAUCUUCUCUUCGCUAACAAUGACAUGGUAGCUGGCUCUGCCUUGAUCGCCCUUCAUGUGAAGCAACAGGGUAAACAGAGAAUGAUUGGUGUCGCGUGCAUUGAGAACAACGAGCGCACAUUUUCAUUAUCAGAGUUCAUGGACAACGAUUUCUACUCCGAGUUGGAGGCAAUGGUAGUAUUGCUGGGGCCAAAAGAAUGUAUUCUUCCGGCUUCAGACGCUGAGUAUGAGCGAAUUAAAACUCUUAUGGAGAGAAAUAAUGUAAUCGUGACACUGAAGAAAAAGCAAGAUUUUUCACUAGAAAAGAACGACGUAAUCCAAGAUUUGAACAAGCUGUUGAGAUUUGCGAAGGGUCAAAAGGAAAGUGCCAACACGAUGCCGGAAACAGCGAAAACGAUUGCUCUGGCUGCACUGGGUGUUGCCAUCCGAUAUUUGGAACUUGUAAAUGAUUCUUCAAACCAUGGCCAUUACGAACUAAAAAUGCUAAACCUUAAAAGAUACGUCCAUUUAGAUGCUGCUGCCGUUUCAGCGUUGAAUCUUUUCCCUAAGCCGGGCACUGUAAUGAAUUCAGCUGCUUUCAAAUGGCACAGCGUUCUAGGAGUUUUGGAUCGCUGCCGUACCCCUCAAGGACACCGACUAAUGGCUCAGUGGCUCAAGCAGCCAUUGCGCAGUUAUGACAUGAUCAAGGAUCGUCACGAUAUCGUUGAGUGCUUUGUUGAUAGUGCCACCGCCCGUUCUGAACUACACGAUAUUCAUAUGAAACGGCUUCCGGAUAUUCUUAUUAUAAUCAAGAAACUACUCAGGAAGAAAGCAUCGUUACAGGAUAUUUUCCGGCUUUAUCAAGUAGUCUUAAGGAUGCCGAAAAUACUUCGGCUCUUAGAGACUCUGGAGAACCCGACAGUGAGAAACAUCAUCAACGAUCCGAUGAAGGAUACAUUGGGAGAUCUUAAACUGUUCAAAUCAAUGGUAGAGCAGAUUCUUGAUCUGGAAGCAGUGCAACGCGGUGAAUAUUUGGUGAAGCAUACCUUCGACGAACAAUUAAAAGACUACAAAGAGCAGAUGGAUGAUAUCGAAAGUAAAAUGAAACGCUUGCUUAACAAAGCUGCUGAAGAUUUGGGUCUAGAAGCUGGUAGCUCCAUCAAAUUGGAUUUUGUUGGUCAUCAUGGAUUUCACUUCAGAAUCUCUCUGAAAGAUGAAACUCUAAUUCGGAAGAGCACCAAAUACCAAACCCUAGAUGCAGUCAAGGGUGGUGCCAGAUUUACCACUGAAAAGCUUGCCGAUUACAACGCUGACUUCACUACAUCCAAGGCAUCCUAUGAGGAACAGCAGAAAACAAUAGUCGAAGAAGUCGUUAGAAUCGCUAUUGGAUACAUCGAACCGUGGACAGUGUUAAACAACCAAAUCGCUCAGCUUGAUUGCUUUUUGAGUUUCGCUGUGGCUGCCGUUAGUGCUCCCGAGCCGUACGUCCGUCCGAAAAUGUUCACAGAGGGGGAAGGUCGACUGAAAUUGAUGCAACUACGACACCCAUGUUUGGAGUUGCAGGAGGAUGUGAGUUUUAUUGCUAAUGAUGCAGAGUUCCAAAAAGAUGAAACGAUCAUGUACAUCAUCACUGGCCCAAAUAUGGGCGGAAAAAGCACGUACAUUCGAUCUGUUGGUGUGGCCGUAAUAAUGGCGCAUGUGGGAGCUUUCGUUCCUUGCUCAGAAGCGGAAAUAACUAUUAUCGAUUCGAUUCUGGGUCGAGUGGGAGCGGACGAUAAUCUCAGCAAGGGGCUGAGUACUUUCAUGGUAGAGAUGAUCGAAACUGCGGGAAUCAUUCGUACUGCCACCGAAAAGUCAUUGGUGAUCAUCGAUGAGCUUGGUCGAGGUACUUCCACGUAUGAAGGUUGCGGCAUUGCGUGGUCUAUCGCAGAGUAUCUAGCAAAGGAGACUAAAUGUUUCACACUGUUUGCCACCCAUUUCCACGAGAUAACUGAAAUGGCCGAAUCCCUUACAACAGUUAAAAGCUGUCACAUGAAUGCGAUCGCAGAUAACGAUAGCUUCACUUUGUUGUACCAGGUCAAGCCUGGUGUCAUGGAGAAAAGCUUUGGAAUUCAAGUGGCCAAGUUGGCGAAAUUUCCUAAUGAUGUCGUAAAGCUGGCUCAAAAGUUAUACGAAGAAUGCGAAGAUCAUUAUGCUCAAAUGCAGAUUGAAAAGGACGACGAAGGACUUCAGGUGCUGAAAACCGCGCUAGGGAAAAUCGUCAAUGUUGAUGCGAAUGACGAUAAUUCUAUCAGAACAAUGCUUCAAGACAUUCGCUCCUGCGUUAAACAUUCAGGGAGCACUUAUUUCCGGAAAACGUUUCCCCAAAUUUAUGCAUAACGAAAGCUUGUAAAGGACACUGAAAAAAUAGAAGUUGUUGUUUGAUGAAAAACGUUUACAUAA